GCCCCAAAGGGGCCUCAGCCCCGAAAACCCUACAAACUAUUCUUCAUUUUCGCGCAAAUUCUGUGAUUCUGUGAUUCUGUGGAUCGGAUCGGAGAAAUCAUGGCGGAGCCGUCGGAGAACGCGAAAUCGACGGUGGAUUCGGUGAUUGAGAAGAUCCACGGUGAUGAUUCGUCUUCGUCGUCGUCGGAAUCGGAAUCGGAAUCGGAAGCCGUGAAGCCCGAGUCGCCGUCGUCUGUGAAGGCCAAGAUUUUCAGGCUGUUCGGUAGAGAAAAACCGGUUCACCAGGUUCUCGGCGGUGGAAAGCCCGCUGAUGUGCUUUUGUGGAGAAACAAGAAGAUUUCAGCAAGUUUUCUUGGUGGAGUAACUGGAGCUUGGGUCUUUUUUGAAUUACUUGAAUACCACCUACUUACUCUUGUCUGUUACACUUUGAUUGUUUCUCUUGCAAUCUUGUUCCUAUGGUCCAAUGCCCAUACUUUCAUCCACAAGAGCCCACCUCGCAUUCCUGAAGUUCACAUUCCAGAAGAUCCAUUUCUUCAAGUUGUUUCUGCACUUACUAUCGAAAUCAACCAGGGUUUUGCAGCCUUGCGUUCUAUUGCAUCUGGCAGAGACUUAAAGAAGUUUCUUAUUGUCAUUGCUGGCUUGUGGGUCCUAUCAAUCGUUGGGAGCUGGGCCAACUUCCUGACUUUGUUCUACAUAUCUGUGGUGUUACUGCACACAGUGCCUGUUCUAUAUGAGAAGUAUGAAGAUAAGAUUGAUCCGCUCGCGGAGAAGGCGCUGAUCGAGUUGAAAAAGCAAUAUACAGUUUUUGAUGAGAAGGUUUUGAGUAAGAUCCCAAAAGGUCCGCUGAAGGGCAAGAAGAGGGCUUAGAGAGAGGAUCUGGAUGCCUGACAUUUUGGUAAAAACAACUCGGUUUUGUAGCUUGUGAUGCUCAACCUUUAUCUCUCUGUUACGUAGGUCCCUUUCUUACUCGCAUGCACCGCCUUCUUUCAUGGAAGCCCGCCCCUGCUCUUCAGAGUGCUUGGUUUGCCUUUGGAUUUUUGUUAUCUUUAGUUUUCUCCUUCCUAUUUGUAGAUUUUAUCUAUGCUUUUGGAAAGGGUAGCUUUUAGAAAGCAAGCACCUUAACCAUGUUCGUAUCCGUUUUAAGUUUAUUAACUGGAUAUUGACGGUUGCUUGUACAUGGAUUGUCUAUUAAAUAUUGAACAUUAAUGGUUUUCAAGCCUUUUGUUUUAUUUAAGCCGGAAAAAAAAAAUCUUUCUUGUUUGGUUGUCAA